AUGGUGUUCUGGAAUGCUACGGCUAUCGAUCUGGACAAUAUCAGAAGCCUCCUUGAGGAGCUGCGAGGUUCUGUGGAUAAGUUGCAUGUGGCUAUGCUCUUGAGGGAGCUCUCCAAAAUGAUAAGGACGAAUGCUGAGUGGAUCGUUGAAGGGCCAAUCGUUGCCGAGGUUAUUCUACAGCAUGGUCUCUCUAAGUACCCACACGCUCUAGAAGUGUCUAUACCAGUGUGCGAGAUAUUCCGUCACUACGCCUUGAUACCAUCUAUGAGGGUAUUCUUUCUCGAGACGGCUGUGGAUGCGCCCUAUAUCUCGGUCCUUACUCGUCUAGCUAGCGGCAAUAUGGUACAUCCGCAUAAAGCCAACCCUCGGUUGGUUAUCGAAGUACUGGCCUUUCUGGCCAAUUUAUCGAGUGGUGCUGCCAACUGCGAUAUGGGCGCUUGGGCUGCCCUGGACGUUGGAGCUAGGGAGCUCGCCAAGAGGGCCUUUAGGGUAUUCCCAUCAAACCUUGCAGUGCAUGAGCAGUAUCGGGUGAGGAACAUAGGUAUAUCAGCACAUGUUGAUUCGGGGAAGACCACGCUCACAGAGAGAGUAUUGUUCUACACUGGCCGGAUUGAUGAUAUUCACGAGAUUCAGGGAGGUGACGGUGUCGGGUGCAAGAUGGACCACAUGGAGUUAGAGAGGGAGAAGGGAAUUACCAUUACUAGUGCGGCUACCUAUUGCCAAUGGAAGACUAAGGACAAGGACGAUUAUCAUAUUAAUAUUAUCGAUACGCCUGGUCAUGUUGACUUUACAUUCGAAGUUGAGAGGUCACUUCGAGUACUCGAUGGUGCCGUUAUGGUGGUCUGUGCUAUUGGCUGUGUACAGAGCCAGACCGUUACAGUAGACCGACAAAUGCAGAGGUAUGAGGUACCAAGGAUCAUUUUUAUUAACAAGUUGGACCGCUACGGUUCCGAGCCGUAUACAGCAUUGAAACAGUUGAAGACCAAACUGGGUCUUUGCGCGGCCCUAACUCAAAUACCGUUGGGGGCUGAGGACAAGUUCGCUGGCGUAGUGGAUGUGAUACGGAGGGAAGCACAUCAUUUCGAAGGCUACAAGGGCCUCUCGUGGAACACAGGAGAGGUGCCCUCGAAGAUGCUGGAGCAGGUUGAGGAGACUAGGAAGACCUUAGUGGAGUUGAUGGCAGAUCUCGAUGAUGAGUUGGCUGAAUCCUUUUUGAUCGACGAGAACGUCUCUGCGGAGGAGCUAGAGAGAGCCAUUCGCCGUCAGACUAUAUCUAGGAGGUUCUGUCCGGUAUUGCUUGGAUCGGCAUAUAAGAAUAAAGGAGUGCAGCCUCUCUUGGAUGCUGUAUGUAAGUACCUCCCCAGCCCUGGUGACAGAGUCUACAGCGGCUAUGAUCAGUCACGUAAUGGCGAGCGCGUUGAGAUAACACCAGAUGAGAAGAAGCCGUUCUUAGGUAUGGCAUUCAAGAGUCAGGACCUACCUCCUAAUGGUACUCUGACCUACAUGAGAGUGUACCAGGGCACUCUAAAGAGGGGACAGAGUGUGUUGGACACUAAAACCAAUAAACGGCAGAGUAUUAAGAAGUUGCUACGUCUACACUCGAGUGAGACUAGGGAGGUAGCUUCGGCUGGCCCUGGCGAUAUUGUGGCGUGUACUGGUUUGGAUGUCUUCUCUGGAGUCACUUGUACUGAUGGGAAGAUUAACUGGACUAUGUCGCCAUUGCAUAUACCAGCACCGGUGGUCUCGUUGUCUAUUACUCCAGCUAGUCGAGAGGACUCAACCAAGAUGGCUAAGGCCUUGGCUAGGUUCAAGAGGGAGGACCCUACCUUCAUUGUAUCGACGGAUCCUGGUACAAAGGAGACUAUAGUAUCGGGAAUGGGAGAAUUGCAUCUCUUUAUUUAUGCGGAGCGAAUUCGUCGAGAGUACCACGCUAAUGUUACUACUGGGGAGCCUAGGGUUAACUUCAGAGAGACCAUUAAUGAGAGAGUGGCCUUUGAUUACACUCAUAAGAGGCAGAGUGGUGGUCGUGGUCAGUACGGUAAGGUUACGGGGUACUUCGAGCCACUGAGUCAUGAUGAAGUACAAGAGAUUCUUACUAAGUAUCAAGGAGAGAUCACUCCUAUGAAUGCUUCCAAGUAUCUUGCUAUCUUCCAGAAUAAAAUAAGGGGUAAUGAGAUACCAAAGAACUUCAUCGCGUACAUUGAGAAGGGCUUCCGAGAGUGUCUGGAGGAAGGCCCUUUGACGGGCUCGGCAGUGUGCAAUUUGCGAAUAGUGUUGGAGGGCGGCAAGCAUCAUGAGGUUGAUUCUUCUGAAGUUGCUUUCAAAGCAGCAGCGCAAGGGGCGUUCGAGCAGGCGUUCUAUGGCGGGUCGCCGACGAUUUUACAGCCAGUCAUGAAUGUGGAAGUAACUGUCCCUACUGAUAAAACCGGAUCGUUGAUGUCUGGUAUCACGGUGAGGAAGGGCUUGGUCACGGGUUCAGAGGCACUCACGGAUUUGGAUACGCUGGUACGGGCGAAGGUGCCCUUAAGGAAUAUGUUUGGUUUUACGACAGAGUUGAGAUCAAUCACACAGGGUCAUGGUGAGUGGGCUAUGGACUUCCAUGCUUAUGAGGAGAUGCCAGCUGAUGACCAAGAGUCUGUUAAGAAGCAGUAUGUCCAGCGACGAGCGAGAGAGAAGAAGCUCGAGGAGUGAUCCUUACUGUGAUACUAUCGUUUCCGUGUGUCACCCCAACAAGGAUGUGUGCA